CGUCGUCGUCGUCGUCGUCGUCGUCGUCGUCGUCGUCGUCGUCGCCAGUCCGUCGUCGUCGUCGUCGACGACGUCGGCGACGUCGCCCGACGUCGCCGCCGCCGCUGGUCGCCGGUCGUCGGCCGCCGCCGAAGCCGCCGGAGAGGGCGUGACCCAUGCCAGCGUGGCGGGGCGCUGCGAGGGCGGGGCGGGCGCGGCCUCGUACCUGUGGCCAGACCACGGUGUGUGCCAGAUGACGCUCGCGAGCGCUGAGGUCCGCGCCGAAGUGGCGGGCGCUCUCGCGCAGGUCGUGGCAAACUACACGUACACCAGCGAGCAGGCCACGGCCAUCGAGGACGCCGCCGUCUCCCUGUCGCCCCCAGCUGGCGCCGUGCUCGUGGGCUUCACGGUGCGGCCAGCCGGCGGGGGCGCCUCGCUUGGCGGCAGCGUGCGGCCGCGCGGCGAGGCGGCAGGCGCC